CUGACACCAAAGAAGUAAGUCUUCGAAGGAGGUUUGACAGAGAGGGGCAAGGAAAGACUACACGUUGCGAUUGCUGCCAAGUGGAUUCUUCUUGCGUUUCUUUGACCAAAAACUCUUAGAAAAGGGAGUGAAUUCUAGUAAAAGACUUCUUUGGCUAUUAUGGCUGGCAGCACCAACAAGUCUGUUGCAGAAAUCUUUGAAACAAUGGAAUAUGGACCCACUGCAAGUUCAAACACUGCCACUGCACAGGCUUGGCUAGAUCGUCAUUCCCGCUCUCUUGGUUUGUUCAUCAAUGGCAACUUUGUCCUUCCAGCAAACAGACAGACUCGCUCUCUGGUGGAUUCAAAAGGUGUUCAAGUCUGUAGUACAGUCUGCGCCGAGGAGGAGGAUAUUUCGCAGUGUGCCUCUUCUUCUGUGAAUGGAUUUAAAUCCUGGAGUAGUCUGAACUGUCAGCAGAGGGCUAAAGUCCUGCUCAGGUUGGUGGGUGUUCUGGGUCAGCAUGCAGCCUGCGUCUCAGAGCUGUGUGAGCUGUGUGAAGCCCCCUGCUCUCCCUCCUCUGUGGUUAGACUGCUGCAGUACUACAGCAGCUGGGCCCAGCUCAGAGACACUCUUCUCUCCGGCUGGACAUCACUUGGAGUGGUGGAGGUGGCUUGCUCCGAUGAAUGUUCACUCUAUUCUCUUAUGACCAAAGUCCUGCCAGCUCUAGCCAUGGGUAACUCUGUCAUCAUUGUCCCUGGAUACUGCACUGCCCCUGCUGCACUCUUAUUGGCUCAGCUGUUCAUAGGGGCGGGACUACCUGCGGGAGCUCUAAAUGUUCUAACAGGAAGUGACAUGUCUCUUUGCGCUCAGGUGGCCCAGAAUUUGAGUAUAAACUAUGUCACCUACUGCGGCAACAAGCAGGAUGGAGUGAAUCUUUGUAAAGCCUCCUCUGCUUUUGGCGUUCCUAUCUCUGUUUCUGCGAGUAUUGGUGCCACUUGUCCCUUUAUAAUCUUUGAUACAGCAGAUAUUGAUAGUGCAGUGGAUGGAGUGAUUGAAGCUGCUUUUAAGAAGAAGAAAGAGGUUCACUGGGUUCUGUUGGUCCAGGAGAGUGUGCUGAACAAUGUCAUGGCCCGUCUAAAACUGCGAAUGGCGGGAAUGAAAAGUGUUCCAUUGGCCUCUGAUGGAGCGAGAGCUCUAGUUGAUGCUGUAGUAAAGGAGGCUCAAAACCAGGGGGCCAUGCUCAUUUGUCCCUCUGAUACUGCUCCCUCUGGUGCAAUGUACCCCCCCACUGUGCUAUGUGGGACAGCCCCCUCCUCUCCAUGUGUGGUCAGUCCAGCUCCAGGACCACUGCUACCUCUCAUGACAUUCAGGACUAACACAGAAGGGGUCACUGUGGGGAAUCACAGCCCUCAUGGUAUGGCAGCUUCGAUCUGGACAGAGGACCUUACACUGGCUCUAGAGACCGCAAAGAGUUUGUCUGUAGGGUGUGUGUGGGUGAACUCCCACUCUUUUUCUGACCCCUGCUUGCCUGUGUUUGGACACAAAGACAGUGGAACCUGCACUGAUGGAGGUCAGGAGGGUCUGUACCAUUUCCUAAGACUGUCCUCUUCCAAAACACCACUUCCUCGAUCCUCACCUGUUUCUUUGGACUAUGAUAAAUUUGGAGUUGCAGCUCCCACAACUAUUAUUCCAGAUGAUUCUGAUCCUGCAAGUGCUCCAAAGAUCUAUCAACAGUUUGUUGGAGGAAAGACCUGUAAAUCUGUAUCUGGAGGCAGUGUGGCUGUGCAGUCAGCAGAUGGCACUAAACUUUUGGCAUACUGUCCAGAUGGGGGCAGGAAGGAUGUUCGUAAUGCAGUGGAAGCAGCAACCAAAGUCCAACCUGGUUGGAUGAAAAAAAGCCUGUCAGCACGUUCCCAAUCACUGUACUCUUUGGCAAAAGGCCUAGAAGCAAAGAAGAAAGACUUUGUGGCUUCUUUGAGUACACAGACAGGUGUGUCAGCAGAGAGUGUCGACAGUGAGGUGGAGCUCAGCAUUGCCAGGCUCAAUGAUUGGGCGGCUUUCUGUGACAAAAUGCAUGGUGGGACUCUGCCUGUGCCAAAUUCAGGCUGUGCUCUCUCUAUCCCUGAUCCCCUUGGAGUGAUUGGGAUUGUCCUCCCUGACAAAAACCUUCUCCUUUCCACUGUGACCCUCCUGGGGGCUGCCAUCGCCACGGGCAACGCUGUCGUCAUGGUGCCUAGUCAGAAGUAUCCUGUACCAACACUGACGCUCAUUCAGGUGCUGCAGUUGUCUGAUCUUCCUCCAGGCCUGGUCAGCAUUAUCAGUGGCAGUAAAGACCAGCUGACUGUGGCUCUGGCCAACCACAGUGUUAUCAAGGGCAUCUGGUACUGGGGCACUGCUGAGGGCUGCCAGUACCUCCAGAACACAUGCACCAGCCCUUUGAAAACUCUGCUUUGUCAGAGGGAAGAUGAGGACGGUGACUGGGCCCGGUGUGACCUGGCUUUCCUGGAACACAAGUGGAGAAGUGCAGUUCAGUGGAAGAGUGUGUGGCUCCCAACCGCCUGAGGUCUCACAACACAACACACAUUCAAUAUGAAGGACACAGUCAAUAAUUCAGAUACUAAUACAUUAACGUCAAACUAGUGCUUUGAAUAUUCUGUUAACAAAUAGAAAGCCUUCAGUUGGGCUGCAAGCCAAAUCAUAAAAAAGAGGAAAUGAAACAAGGACUAUACGAGACUGUACAAAUAUUGGCCAACAACAUUGUUGGCUUAUACUAACAUUAAGUAAUAUAUUGUAUUCAGCAAUUCUUUCAGGUGGACUAAUAAAAACGGGAAUUUAUCCCACAAUCUUGUAGCAUUUUAUUUUCAUUAUAGUUAAGUACAUAGUGAUGAUAGAAAAGGUUUCCGGACAAUGUUUUUGAAAUCAAAUUAUUAAUAAUUGACUACGGAGGCUUCAUUUUAAUUGCAUUGUAAAACAAUGGUAUUUUUGAAUAAUUUCAGUGUUGUACGCCUUAUAGAAACUGUGAUACAUUUAUGUUGGCCUGUAACAAACAGCACCAGCCUGUUUGUUAUAUGGCCAUACAGUUUGAGGAAGCAGAACAGGGAAAUUACAUAAGACUUUUUAAAAGUGCUACUGUCAACAAAAUAAAGUUGGUAAUUUUUCCACCAUGUAAAGCUGCCUCCUGCAACUGAAUUCUAGAAGUAUUUCCUGUGCAACCAUUUUGCUGUCAGACCUGUUUUGUGUAAAUGAAAUACCUCUUGAUAUUUAGAAAUCCUUUGUAUUGUUUACAUGAUAAUUAUUAUCACUGUCAAUUGAAAACCUAAUUACCUUUCUUCUACUGUUUGUCACAUUCCACUGGGUUGGCCUUGGUCAUUCUCAUUUGUACCCUCAUCUGAAAGGUCAAAAUAUCUGCCUUAAUAGUACAGAACACAGAAUCAGGAUCCAGCAACUAUACAUCAUAAUACUGUAUAAUGUAUUACUGUACAAUACAUCCUUUAUGAAUAAAAAAAUAUUUGUGGAUCUA